AUGUCUUCGAACCAACCUUUUUGUUAUUGUGAUCCAUCAUCUUAUGCUGCACCUUCCGAUAGUACAAAAUGUGAACCCCAAGGCUGUCAAGCAAUCGCAGCAAUUUUUAUGUGUAUAUAUUUAGGAGCUUCAUACCUAUCUUUUCUCCAAAUCUUAAAACAUAAAUUUGGACCAGCAUUCAUUUCCUAUAUCCUGUUAUUUAUUGGAAGUCUCCUAUUAGGAAUAAGGCAAUUGUUAAAAAAACUUAUUGAAAGUAAUGGUAUAAGACUAUCAAAGUUGGCAUAUAAAAGAAUGGACAAACUGGGUAAAUUAGCACUAUUUGCAGUUGCUUCCUCCUCUUAUUUGGCUAUUAUAAUGGUGGCAUGUACUCUUUUCUUACCAACCAACGAUCAAAAUGGUAUUGCUUGGUUAAUCUUAAAUCGUUCAGCAUUUGGAAUUUUUAUCUAUUGUUUAUUAUUCUUUAAGCUUCCAUCAACACAAAAGAUGGUGAACUCGCCCGCUGGUUCACCAAGUGUAUCAUCUACCUCUGCCUCUUCUGACCAAACACCAAAAUCACCAAGACUGAUACCAGGAGGUUAUGGAAUCAAAGAAUUUGAACUGGAACCUCCUGAAUCGAAACACAAUAGCUCCUCACUUGAGAUUAGUAUUUCCGAAAAUUAUUAUAGUAGUAAUAAUAGUUGUAUAAGUAGUGAUACCAAACCUGAAAGUAAUAGUACCGAUUCAGAGGUUUAA